AUGACGCUAACUGUACUUACAGGCGGUUUUAAAGCAUGUAUCGCUUACUUCCAGCCAUUGAAGCUCGCCCGUGAUGCAAUUGUGCUGCUGCUGGAGUUAACCCCGACAGCGCGGGACGCUACUGGGCUGCUGGUGUUGCGCUGCCACGCGGCCGAGCCUCGCGCGGUUCCCUUCAAAAUCUCACGCGUGCUGGCUGCGUCUCGCCGCGACUCAGUGAAGGCCGUGUUCCUGGUCACCGACGGCUACAGCAACGGAGGCGACCCUCGGCCUGCUGCUGAGGCACUCAAGCGUCAUGGCGUCACUAUCUUCACCUUCGGCAUUAGGAAUGGCAAUGUCGAGGAGCUGUACGACAUGGCGUCGCACCCCCGAGAGGAGCACUCCUACAUCCUAGAGUCUUUUGAGGAGUUCGAGGCUCUGGCCAGGCGAGCUUUGCAUGAGGAUCUACAGACGGGCUCGCUAGUGGACCAGAACCCCCAGGCGUGCUCGUCGUUGUGCCCCGCGGAGGACGGAGGUUCCUGCUGUGAUGUGCACGCCACGUGUACAUGUGGCACUCACACCGGGCACUACUUGUGUACCUGCCAGCCGGGGUACUAUGGUACCGGCCUACGAGGCAACUGCAAGC